ACUUUUUCAUAUGACUGUAUUUUAGCUGGGGAAGAAAUGGAGAAAAAAACCCGCUUGCAACAGAGGAGAUCCCGAUAAGCAUGCGGACUAUGUAUACACUACCGGCCACUUUAUUAGGUACACGUAUUCAACUGCUUGUUAACACAAAUAACUAAUUAGCCAACCACAUGGCAGUAACUUAGUGCAUUUAGGCCUGUAAACAUUGUCAAGACACUCUACAGGAACUUUUUAUUUCAUUAUUUUUAAAAGCAUCUUCAUUUUACAUAUUAGAUAACUCGUUUCCGACGUGGCUGAUGGUGACAACUUACUCGACAGCUGCUUAUCCUGUAGUCUGGAACACACAUAUUUUCUUAUGUUAUUAUUUUGAAACGGCGCAGAGAAGAAAAAAUAAGGGGAUAGCAUUUGAUGAAGAUGUGUCAGUGAACAAUUUUUAAAUACUGCUAAGUAUUUACUGUGUGUACGUCGAAGAACAGGAUUUUAGCGACAUCUACAGGCUAAACACUCGCAGGUUGUACAGAAAGUCCUGACUAGUUAACUGACAAAGUAGCCAACUUCAGCGUCGUUCUAACGCGACUGUCUUUCCGUAACUUGGCUCUUAGCGGUGACGCGCAUGUCCGGUCAGAUUCGUAUUGCUGAAGACUGUGAUGUCAAAGACCAGGAAGUUCAAAACUUAAUUUCACUUUCAUUCUUUUCGCAAAAAUAUGUGAAUCAAACAAGAUCAGUUCUCCUUGGCAAAAGAUGUCAGAAGCCAAAUCUCCGGAGUCUUUGGAUCAAUUUACCUGCUCGGUGUGUCUGGAGACCCUCAGCGAUCCGGUCACAACACCGUGCGGGCACAACUACUGCAUGAGCUGCAUUGAGCUCUGCUGGGACAAGACGGGAGAAUGCCGGUGCCCUCAGUGCCGACAAGUCUUUGCGCCAAGACCUGCUCUUCAUAAAAACACCCUGCUGGCACAAGUCAUAGAGAAUUCAAAGCAGGAGCAAUCGAGUGACCCCCAGAACUGCGGGGUACCAGGAGACGUGAAGUGUGACGUGUGUAAUGGGCGAAAGCGCAAAGCCGUGCAGACGUGCCUCACCUGUCUGGCCUCGUAUUGCGAAACGCACAUCAGACAUCACCGGGAGUCCGAGGCGCUGAAGAAACACAAACUGGACGAGCCGACCGGCAACUUGGAGCAGAGACUGUGCGCGGAGCACAACACGGCGGUGGAGCUGUACUGCCGAACCGACCAGAAGUGCGUGUGCCUGCUGUGUGCAGCCAUCAGACACAAGGAGCACGAGCUGGUGGAGCUGGAGACCGAGAGAGAUCAGUAG